UUAAAUUCAUAUAAUAGUUAUCAUCGGUUUUGAUUUAUUUUUAAUUAAUUCAAAAUUAAAUCAAUAGAAAUAAUAAAAAUGCAUUUAAACAUUUUAAUUGGAAUAUACUUAGUAUGUAAUUUUACUUUUAUUUUAUGCAGUGACAGUCAUAACAAUAGUCUAACAUCUUGUUUUUGGAAAUUAGAAUCUAAAAAGGUUACUGAGAAAGAAGAAGAGGAAAUCAUUGAUAUAUCACCCGAAGAAUAUAAACGUUUCAAUGAAAUGAUGGAUCUAAUAAAAAAAGAUCAAAAUUACGGUUUUGGAAACUUUCAGAGCAAUCCAAUUGAGUCGCAAAAUCUUAAAAUAAAUCACUCCGAAUUUAAGUGUAAUCAAAAGGAAGAGACCGAGGAAUAUGAAAAUGUCCCCGAUUUUUUAAGCUACUGCUAAUAUUCAAGUUCUCUAAAUCAGUUUUGACUGUUUAUUUAUGUGUUAAUUUUUAUCAUUGAUAUUUAAGAAUAAUUUUAUAAAAAUUAUUUAAAUAAAAUAAAGCUGUUACCUUAUUAUUUGGUAUUUAUAAUUUAUUAAUUUUAA